CAAAUCAUUAAAUGUUCUUAAACUAUAGAUAAUAAAUAAUUUCAUGUCCAAAAUUCUAAGUUGUGUUCUCAAUCAUAGAAUUUUUUUAUGGACAAAUUACUUUAGAAUUAUAAAAUUACAUUAAAUGAGUAGUUUCACAAAUUGUUCUAGUUAAAUUUGAAUAUUUUUCAAACAAAUUACCAAUAUGUCUCGUUUGCUAAAAAAUCAUUACUUGUUUUUGAAUACCAUGUGUGUACGGUUCAGAAGUUCACGUAAAAAUUUAGGAAAACCUCCUGGUGUUGCAAAAACAUUGAAGGAAAGAUUGGAAGGUAAAUUAUAGCAUAGUAUAAUAAUUAUUAUAUCCACUUCAAUUAUAUUACUUAUGUUUUAGAAAUAAACUUUAAGGAUCCAAAAGUUUAUUUUAAAGUUGAUAUUGGAUUGCCAAUGCCCCAAAGAGACAAAAAAAAUGAAACGAUCAAGCGAAUUGAGUAUAUAAAAAAAAUAAAGACUAAUGCAGAACUUGAAAAGUUAUCUAGAAACAAUACAUGUAUGUGUUUAUGGUAAUAAUUUUCUGUAUUUAAAGUUAAUGUUAUCUUGAUUAAAAUGCUGUAAAAAUGUAAUUUAAUAUAUAAUUACAUAAUUUUAUUUAAAUAUCUUUUAAAUAGUGUUCAGAUUUUAACACUGUAAUUAGAAAUUACUCCUUCCCACCUGCAGAGAAAAUAGUUGUGUCAAAUAAAGUAAAAUAUAUUUGUUUCUAAUUAGUUAUUAAUACUUUGACUAGUGUUGAUACAUCAAAAUUAUUCAAUUUAUUAUCAUACAAUUCAACAUUUAUAAUGUUGUAAUGUAGUAUUUAAAUUUUAUUUUAUUUUAAUUACUAUAAGGGCUGGGUCCUUUUGAACAUGCAACAUUAAAUAUUUGUGAUAACAGAAUUCAUUAAAAAAGUAAUAAAUAACAAUAUACAAUUACAAUAACUUUAUGUAGAAAUUACACAUAAUUAGAUCAAUAAAUUAUUAAAGGCAGAAUCUGCAUUGACAGACAAUAUUAGACGUCUUAGAGGCUAAUUAGCCAUGUUGUUGGUGGUGGCUUUUGGGACAUAGAAGUUGACAGCGGAACAUGAUGAACUGUGAAACAGGUUAGAGAAAGGAUAGGCAAAUCAAUAUUAUUGUGCAAUUGUUCGCAAGGAACUUAAUUCUCGUGAUACAGCAACGCUAAACUAAGGUGAGAAGCACACAGCGUAUAGUUAUGAGGCACACAAGGUAUCUUUAGUAUGAAGUGAAGGGACCUACGUUGAAUUUGUGCAAUUUGUCUUGCAUAGUCGGCAGUACGAAGAUCCCAGAUAACAGCUCCAUAUUCUAAAAUGGGGUGCACCAGUUUACAGAAAAUUGUUUUUAAUGAUGAUUUUAACCAGAAGUCCUUAACCAAAUUCAUGACAAGAUCAAGGGUUUUACAAUGCAUGUAUCCAAGGUGAGAAACAGCAGAACCAUUAAAGAAGUAUGGGUACAUUAAGGGGGAGCGGGAUCGAGUGAAUUUCAUAAUUUUGUAUUAGUGAUAAACCUAAGGUAUUGAGCCAAUUUGAUAAAUAAUUCAAAUCAGAUUGAAGUUUAGUGAAAUAAUAGAGUAUGCUAACACAAAAAUAUAAUUUGAUUUAAUCAGCAUAAUAAAGAAAACAACAGUGAUGUAGUACAUGAUGGAGGUUAUUAAUAAAAAGUGAAAAUAAUAUUAGCAACAGAUGACUCCUUUGAGGGACACCCGAAGAAGCCAGAAAAAACUUUGAUCCCUGUUGCUAAGAAAGGAGUUACAAGUAUCAUAUGAUCGACUGAGACUAAAAGCUUUUUGAAAAUCGACAUAGACUUCAUCAACUUGUGCUCGAUGUUGAAAAGAAUUGUAAACAUAAUUAUUAAAUACAAGAUUUCAUGUAGUAGUUAACUCUUGGGCAAAACCCAUGCUGUUCUUCAGCGAGGAUAUAGUUUAUGCUAAGUUGAAUAGCAUUUAGAACUAGGAAUUCAAAAAUUGUAGAAUUAUGUGAUUGGAUGGAAAUGGGUCGAUAAUUGGAUACAACAGGAUGGGCACCUGAUUUAAGUAUCGGUGUUACUGAACUGAAUUUGAUCAUAGAAGCAAAAAUAUCUUCAUCAAGUGAUCUCGUAAAGAGAAGCCUAAGUGGAAAGGCAAUAAUCUAUUACGAUUAAAAAAAUAAAUUGCCUGAGAAGCCAUCCGGACUAAUAGUCUUUCAACGCAGAUAAACUAUGAAAUACAUCCUCUACACUAAAGGUAGCAUUAUUAGGCAAGUGAAAAAUAGAAAUUUCAAGUUUAUUGGUAUCUAAAUCAAUAUGUUCAGUAGAGUAUACUGAGGAUUAGUAUUGGUACUUCUCUUUUAAUACUUUUUUUUAAAUUUAUUUUAUUAUGAUAUAGUACUUUAGAUGAUACUUUAUAUGAUACAGUACUUUAGAAUCCUAUCUAAACUGUUUUCUCAUCUAAAUCCUUUAAUUUCCUCACUCUCUGGGAAAAUUUCUCCCUUAUAUUAAUAAAUUAAAUUAACUAACCAAUCAAAAUUUUUAAUUUUUUCUUUAAUUUGGAUUAAUGGGGCAACCACUUUAUCGAAACAAAAUAGAAACCAACAUAUGUGUCUCAAUAAAGCGGAGUCAAUUGUAUUAGCAUAUUAUUUUGUAUAAUACCCAUCACAUUUUGUAGUAUUUUAAAAUCAGUUAUUUAAAAAUGAAAAUUUAAUAUAAUAUUAAUGUGAAAUAAAAUUGUACUUAUUUAUUAAAAAUAUUUGAUCUGAUAAAUUGUCUUAUGAAAAUAUAAAUUUUAUUUAGUACCAGUAUCAUUGGAUGAGAUAUCAAAUGAAUGGUCAAAAACAAAUGCUCCAUUACAUAUCAAAAAAGUAGCAGAAUAUUAUGGUGUUUUUGAACAUUUAUUUGGAGAUGCUGAUUUUACGCCAUACAUUCAGAUAAAUAUCAGUUAUGACCACGACUCUAAAAAAGUUCCUGUAUAUCGAGGCAAUAUAAUUAAACCUAAUGAGGUAUAUAAAAAUUAUAAAUAUACGGUUUAUUUGAUUUGUAUUUAAAAUAAUUUAGUUUUGAUAGGCUAUGAAUAAUCCUGAGGUCAAUUUUGAGGCACCAGAGAAGACAUUAUGGACAUUAUCUCUUACCAAUCCAGAUGGUCACUUAAAUCAAGAAAAUUCUGAAUAUAUUCAUUGGCUCGUGUAAGUAUUCAAUCAAAGUAUUGUAGUUAUUUAGUAGAUAAAGUUCUUAAAUUUAUUAAUAAUAAAACUACAGGUUGUAGCCAAUUUAUCAUGUAAAUAUUCAAAAGAAAGAAAAAUGUAUAAUACUAGUUUUUUGAUUUAUAAGCAUUGAAAAUAAUUAAUACAUUUUUUUUAAGAGGGGGUAAGAAAUCAAUUUUUGAAAUUCAAAUGAGAAUUAAUAUUAAAAAUUCCAUAUAAAGACAAAAUGUUAGUUUAAAUAAAUUAACAAAUAAUUAUAUGUAUUUUAAAUCAAAUUUUGUUAUAAACAUAACUUUAUUUUUAGAGGAAACAUACCUGGCGGAGAUAUUAGUAAAGGUGAAACUAUAUUUAAUUACUUACAACCGUUUCCAGCAAAAGGUACAGGUUACCAAAGAAUGGUUUUCAUUCUUUACCAGCAGUCUAGUGAAAUAAAUUUUUCUUCUAUUAAUUGCAAUUCUGAGAAGUAAGUAACUCAUUAUAUAUCAAAAAACUAAUACAAAUUUAAAGAGCUCUAUGACAUAAUUUUAUUAUAUUUUAUAAAAUUUAUGAAUAAAUUUAAAUUUUAUAGUGAAGUUGCUAGAUUAAUAUAAUUUGUUGAUAUACAAAUUGAACUACAUGCAUUAGGUUUUUUCAUAUAAGUGAUAGCAUGAUCAUUUUAUAAUAGUGCUAUAUAGUGAACGAACCAAUAUGAAAAUUAAAAUAAAUUUUAUAUAAUCUGUGUUAUACAUACAUAAAGACCACUGUCUGUCUGUGGUUUUCAACCCUUUUUUUAAACAAGGCACACUGUGCUCUUCUUAUAAUUUUCACAGCACCACUAGAGAAUGCUCGCGAUAUACCAAUAUACUUAACAUUUUUUUGUUUUUCAUUUUUGUAUAAAUUAUGAAAUCUCAAUUUCCGAUUUUUAGUAUCAUACUAACUUUUGUAUUCUGUUUAUACUUGUAAAAUUAAUUUGAGAGAUUGGACACUUUCAACAAACACAAUUUUGGGUGCGAUUGAAGCAGAUGCACCAAGAAUUUGUGAUAAAAAGUGCAUUCAAAGAAUAAAUUGCGUAUAGAUUUAGCAUUUUUUCUAAGUAUGUAAAGAUUUGGAACGCAUUCCUUAUCACUUAUUUUUAGAUGAUACUUUAAAUAACAUUUUUAAGCUUGUUCGUACUAUUAAUUUAUAACAUAUUUUUUUAAAAUUUCUACCAAAAAAAUUGUUUAAUCCAGAUCAUUUUUGCAGAAUUCCUGUAAUAAUACCUAGUCACUAAAUUUUUCCUGGGUCAAUUCGAAUUUUCAAUUUUUUUUAAUCCACUUGUGAUUUUCUAUAUUUUUAUAAAUAUAAAUAGCGAUAGAUGGCAUUAGGCUAUAUCUAUAUAUAUUUUUUAAUUUUGUUAUUAAAAAAAAACUUAGCUUAGAAUUUUUUAUGCACUAUGUUCUAUGGCACUAUGACUAUAGUGACUUCAAGAAACCAAUAGGUUUGGUAACAAACUCCACAAAAUCACGUGCAAUGCACUCAUUUCACGUUCUAUAAAUAAUGUCUGUGAAUUUGUUUGACCCUUAUACGAAUACACUUGGUAUGUAGGUAUUAUAAGAAAGGCAAAACACGCACAAUUGGCAUGUGCAGCCAUUUUAAACAGUUUGAUACGCUAUAAAUGCAAUUAAGACCACUCUUUAGGCAAGUUUACUCCAAACACACAUGAAAAUGUAUUUGUGUAAAGCAGUUUAUUAUAGGUUCGCGCUUAAUGAGGCAAAAAAAGCAAUGUAAAUCAAACAAAAAUUGAAAUCGCAUUUGACACAAUACUCAAAAAUAUUUCCUAUGUUUGUUCUCCAUUGUAUUAAUAUUUUGAUAUAAUCAGCUAGUGGCAAAAUAAACAUACCAAUAUUAAACAAUUGUAAUUACAUACGUUUGGUCUGUCUAUUUACACAUAUAUAUGGGAUUGGUAACUUGUUUUCUAAGUAGGCCAAAGACAUAUUAUGUACAUUUAAUAAAGAAUUUUUGUAUAAUAAAUUUUCUUAUUAGAUUCAUUAUGUUAUCACUCAUUAUUCUAAAAAUCUAAAUAAAUAUUAAUAGUAUUAAAUGGCUAUUUUAUUUUAUUUUUCUUACAAUUGAAUACAAUAGGCAUAUCACUAAUAAACUCUGAAUAUUUUAUUAUAUAUUUCAAUUAAUCUUAUUAUUUUUUUAGAUUUGAUUUAAACAAAAGAACGUUCAGCACAUAUGAAUUUUAUCGUUCUAAAGAAGAUAUUCUAACCCCAGCUGGACUAGCAUUUUAUCAAACAGAUUGGGACAAUUCUUUGACAAACUUUUAUCAUGAUAAACUAUCAAUGUCUGAACCAAUUUAUGAAUAUGAUUUUCCAGCUCCAUAUAUUAAACCACAAAAAUGGUUUCCACUUAAAGAGCCGUUUAAUUUGUAAGAUUAAAAAAAAUUAAUUUUAUAUUACAAAUAUUUAAAUUCCUAUAUUUUAGGUACAUGGAUAAGUAUCGCGAUGAAAAACAAAUUGCGAAAGAAUUUUUAAUGAAAAAAUUACAAAAAACUCACCCCUUCCAAAAACCAGAACCUCCUCUGAAGUAUCCAAAUGCAGUACCAUUUAAAAAAAGUACUCCAUCUUGGUUAAAACUUGAAAUUAAAAAGGAACGUUUAAGAUGGGGACGUGUAAAUGAUUACUAAUAAGAUAUUUAAUAUAUAAUUUAUUUUUAUAUUUUUUUUUUGCUUUAUUAUUUUAAAAUAAAACAAUAUAUACUCGAAUCAAAAAUUUUAAAUGUUUUAUUUAAAUUAAUCUCAAAUUUUUAACUCUAAUACUUUUUCCUGCAAUUUUUCAUCUGACCAAAUUUCAUUACUAUUCUCAUUGUUAUUUUUAUUUGGCCCAUUACAAUUAGUGGCAUCUUGAUUAAUAAUAUCUUUAGGCAAUAUCCUGUAAAUAAAAAAUAAUAAAAAAAAAAAUGUUCAUAUUAAAAUCACUAUAAGUUAAUUUACUUUAAAACUUUUUUAUAAAGUUUAAAUUUGGGUAUUUCUUCUGUGUCGCGAAUCCACAAAGGACCUGUUAAUAGUUGACUUUGUAGAUAUUUUGAACUUUUAUAACAUAAAUUAGAGCAAAACUUCUAAAAAAAAAAG